GCAGCUUGCUUUUAACUGCUGGGACUCCUUCGUUAACAAAACAAAGCAAAACCCUGUCUUUGGCCAUAGCAGAAAAGAGAGAAUCGAUUGCAAGAAAAAAGGGCCAGUCUUUUUCUUCUCGUAAAGAAGUUUUAGCUGAUGGCAUGUUUUAUAGCAGAGGAAGGAGGGGGAGAAGAACUGUUUGAAGUGGAAUCAUCAAAGAGUGAGAAAGUGGAGGCGGUGAAGGAAGGAGUGGCUUCUAUAGCAUUAUUGCCAUCUGGGUCCAUUUCCGGUCACUUCAUUCAGCUGCCCCACUCCAUUUGCUAUGGUCUUCAUGGCACUGAAUUAGCUUGUGAAAGGGAGUGUAGCAGAGGAGAGGAUUAUCGCCUGAUCAAACUUACAAUUGUUGACUUCAACAGUGGGAAAGAACAAGCUGUUGUAGUUGAGUGUAAAGGCCAUGAUGCUGCUCGAUUCCAUAAUGUUGAUCAAGCUCAUGGCUGGGAAAAGGAUAUUGUAGGUAUGGUAGAAGAAAAGCAUGGGAAGAAAAAGAUUCAUGUUUCAUUUGAGUGUGAGACACUGAAAGCUGACAAAGCAGCUGAAGACCACAUCAAGCAGUUCAUGCCAAAAUUGGCUGGGCUAGAUGCUUUAACAUUGGGAGGAUGAGCAUUUCAGGAUUGGACUUUGAAGCAGAGGAUGCUGGUGUUAAGCAGACUAUGAUUCAAUAGAGAUAUAACUCUAUCCUUGUCUGUAUAUGCUACUUACUGCAUACUAUAUGUUAAUCUAUGACAAGAAGCUAGUUAAUCACAUGCAGCUAUACGUUUUUUGCGUUAUCUUAAGAUAAUUAAUUUAAUGCUUGCUUAUGCAACCAAGUUUAUUGAGACAAGUCUUCUA